AUGAGGCUGGAUCCUGUACUGACUACUCUCAACCAGACUGUGCUUCUUUCUGGGCCAGGGCCCUUUGUCUUGCUGGGGGUGCCCGGACUGGAGGCCCUGCAUGCCUGGCUUUCUGUGCCUGUGUGCCUGCUAUACAUGGCAGCUUUGGCAGGGAAUGUCCUUCUACUGGGCCUGGUAGCAGCUGACAAGACACUUCAGUCACCCAUGUACCAGCUGCUGGGACUUCUGGCAUUUGCUGACUUGGUUUUGGCCACGACCACAGUGCCAAAAGCACUGGCUGUGCUCUGGGGUCUUUCUGGUGAGAUCUCCUUUGGGGCCUGCUUAGCCCAGGUCUUUGUCACCCACGUGGCCUUUAUUGCUGAAUCCUCAGUGCUGCUGGCCAUGGCAUUAGACCGCUAUGUGGCCAUUUGCCAGCCUCUGCACUAUGCUGCAUUACUGACCCAGCGGGUGGUGGGCAUAGUGGCUGUAGCUGCCGUGGCUCGUGGUGCUUGUGUCAUGGCACCCCCUGUGGCCCUGCUCCAAAGGCUGCCUUACUGUGGGCGGCGGGCACUGCCUCAUACUUACUGUGAGCACAUGGGUGUGGCUCGGCUGGCAUGUGGUGACACUCGCCCCAACCUCUGGUAUGGCCUGGUCACCACACUGCUUUCCCCAGUCCUGGAUCUUGGGCUCAUAGGUGCUUCCUACGCCCUCAUUCUCCAUGCCGUGUGCCGACUGCCAUCCCAUGGGGCCCGCUGCAAGGCCUUGGGCACCUGUGUGGCCCAUGCCAGUGUCAUCAUUCUCUUCUACACACCUGCCCUCUUCUCCUUCCUGGCUCACCGCUUUGGCCGCCACACAAUCCCUGGCCAUAUCCACAUCCUACUGGCUAACCUCUAUGUGGUGGUUCCCCCAGCUCUUAAUCCUGUGGUCUAUGGAAUGCGAACCCAGCAGAUCACUCAGCGGCUCAGGCAUCUGCUGAGACUCUGCUGGUUUGGGACAGUGAGGAAUGUGGGCCCUGAGUGGGCUUUGCCACAGGAAUGA